CGGCCAGCUACUUCGUGGGAAGAAUCAACGUAUAAGAACAGAAAUAAUUAAAUAUAAAAAAUGGAUACACAUGACACGAAUGAUUCACCUGCCCACAAUGCUCAGAACAUGACCCCUUAUCUUUAAAAUAUUUUUAAUUAAUUAAUUUUUUAGGAAAAAAAAAAAACACCAUCAAAUUCAUCACUUUAUCUUUCUGCAAUGUAACCCAGAGAGAGAGAUAGAGAGCGAGAGAGAUGGCAGAGUACUGUGUUACAGGAGGAACAGGGUUCAUAGCGGCAUACCUGGUGAAAGCCUUGCUGGAAAGGGGACACUUUGUUCGGACCACGGUGCGAGAUCCAGGGGAUGUUGAAAAGGUUGGCUUCCUUUGGGAGCUGAGUGGAGCAAAGGAGAGACUGAAAAUUUUGAAAGCUGAUCUGAUGGUUGAAGGAAGUUUUGAUGAGGCCAUAGACGGUGUAGAUGGGAUCUUCCAUACUGCAUCACCUGUGCUUGUGCCACACGACAACAAUGUUCAGAAAAAUUUGAUUGAUCCGACCAUACAGGGCACCUUGAAUGUCCUAAGCUCCUGCUUGAAAGCAAGCAGUGUGAAACGAGUUGUGCUUACCUCUUCAUGCUCUGCAAUAAGAUAUCGCGAUGAUGUCCAGCAAGUUUCUCCACUUAACGAGUCACAUUGGAGUGAUCUAGAGUACUGCCAACGCCACAAUCUAUGGUAUGCAUAUGCAAAGACUAUAGCCGAGAAAGAAGCAUGGAGAAUAGCAAAAGAGAGCGGGAUUGACCUUGUGGUGGUUAACCCCUCUUUAGUUGUAGGACCGCUGCUUGCACCGCGACUGACCAGUACACCGCUCUUGAUAUUGGCCAUAACUAAAGGUUUGCGAGGCGAAUACCCAAACCAAACCAUUGGGUUUGUGCACAUAGAGGAUGUUGUUGCUGCACAUAUGUUGGCAAUGGAGGAAAGCAAAGCAUCUGGCAGGCUUAUAUGUUCAGGUUUGGUGGCUCACUGGUCACAAAUCAUUGAUAUGCUGCGGGCCAAAUACCCAGCCUAUCCAUAUGAAGACAAGUGUGGCAACCAGAAAGGAGACGACAACCCACACAGCAUGGACACCAGCAAGAUUCUUGAGCUGGGGCUUGCCCCAUUCAAAGACCUUGCUCAGAUGUUUGAUGAUUGCAUCCAAAGUUUCCAGGCCAAGGGACUGCUCUGAAAUUUUUGCGCACAAUUGCUACUCAUGCAGAGCAGCUCAAUUCCAUAGAGGCCCUUUGGUUCAAUGGCCACACUCUAAUGCAUGUCCUUACCAAGGUAAAGACAGCAGAGUUAUGCAUUUCAGAAUGCUAUAUCUUUAUGGCACCCAGACAAUUGAGGACUUUCAUUUAUCAAAUAGAAACUUCAUGGUUCACAUUGA